CGUUUUUCAUUUGAAAGCGAAACGGAUAUUUGCGGUGCCAUUUGCUACCGCCAGAGCGCGCUAGACGCCCCGCAGCGCCACCUGUUCGGACUGCAACUGUACGCACAAUCAGCUGUUUGCCCCACAAUAAAGUACAAAAUGUUUGCCGUAAGAAGAACACGAGUUUUCGGCAACCUGAGCUGGUCCCGUUGGAGUAGCGAUGCAGUCAAAGCCACCACAGAUCCCGCCUCACCAUUGGCAGAUGAAAAUAAACGCCAGCAGCUCCUCAACGAGCUGGCAGAGCCACUGGACCAAAAACGCCGGCCGGCCAUCGAUCCCAAGGAGACGAGUGUGAUGCUGUUUCCUGGCCAAGGAACCCAGUAUGUGGGCAUGGCCAAGGAUCUGUUGCGCUUUCCGGGUGCAAGGCAGAUAUUUGAACUGGCGAACCACGUGCUGAAAUACGAUCUGCUGAAGAUAUGCCUGGAGGGUCCACGUGAGAAGCUCAAUAGGACGGAGCACGCACAGCUGGCUGUGAUGGUGUCUUCGCUGGCAGCGCUGGAGCAGCUGCGCGAAGAGCGACCCCAGGCCAUCGAAAACUGCGUGGCAGCCGCUGGCUUCAGUCUGGGCGAGAUCACUGCACUGGUAUACGCCGGAGCGAUGCCCUUUGAUAAGGCUGUGAAGCUUGUGCAAGUGCGGGCCUUAGCAAUGCAGGCGGCCUGUGACCGGGCAGCAGGAGGCAUGGCCUUGACAUUGUACGGACCGGACACGAAUCUGGGCGACGCCUGCGCCAAGGCCCAACAAUGGUGUCUCGACCGGGGAGUGGAGUCGCCCUACUGCGGCAUAGCCAACUACAUGUAUCCGCACUGCAAGGUCGUCGCUGGGAAUGUGGAGGCUCUAGAAUUCCUCGAGAAGAAUGCCAAAGUCCUGAAGAUCCGUCGCAUGAAGCGUCUGAGUGUCAGCGGUGCCUUCCACACUCCUCUCAUGCAGAGCGCUGUCGAGCCGUUCACCAAGGCGCUCAAGUCGCUGCGCCUGGAGGAUCCCAUCAUCCGAGUCUACUCGAAUGUGGAUGGCAAGCCAUACCGGAAUGCCAAGAACAUUCUCAGCCAACUGCCGAAGCAAAUCGUGCGACCCGUCAAAUGGGAGCAGAUCCUCCACGAGAUGUACGAGCGGAAGCAGGGCGCCGAAUUUCCGCGCACCUUCGAGUGUGGUCCGGGCAAGGGGCUGCUGCAAGUGCUCGAGAAAGUCAAUGCCAAGGCUGCACAGUCCUGCCUAAAUGUUUCGGCAUAAAUAAGAUUCGAAUCCCCUGUUUGUUUUUGUGUAAAAUGUAUUUUCUUUGCUAGCGGAAACAAAAAAAAAGAAAUAAGUUUA